AAUAAUUGGAGGUCCGAAUUGGCCUCCAAGACUGAAAGCCCACAGUGUGUUUAUUUCACUUUCCACUUUUGGAGGAGUGAACAUUCGUCGCCCGCCACAGACGCAGCUCAUCAGCAUGUCCGCCAGACCGGAGUGAUGGGAGGCCGGCUCGCGUGAACGCCAUGGGCUGCGGCGGGAGCAGGACGGACGCGCUGGAGCCUCGCUACCUGGAGAGCUGGACCAAAGAGACCGAGUCCACGUGGCUGACCGCCACGGACACCGACAUCCCGCUCUCGUCCAUCCACAGCAUCCCGUCCGACGGCUCCGAGGCCUGCUUGGCUUCGGAGAAAAACGCCAGUCCUGUUCCCGAUAUCUUUGAGGAGGACGGCCUCCCGCCUCCCGCUCAAGCCUACCUCAAAGUGCGCUCGACGGCGUCCGAAGCCAGCCUCAGCGACGUCCAGCCGAGCGGCAGCGGCACGCAGGAGGGAGCCCCCGUUUCCUCGGCCACCACGGUGCAGCGCACCAGCGUCCUGCAUACCGAGGAGAUUACAAAGUGGCAGGGCAACCGCAUGUCCACCAAGCAGGUGACCAUCACGGUGACGCAGAGCAUCCAUCAGGUGGACAAGAACGGCAAGGUGAAGAAGUCGCUGACCACCUACGAGGUGCUGACGCCCGCCGGCGGCGCCGCUGCCAACGGCGCGCAAGGCGACACCAUUCCAUCGCAUCUUUUUUCACAGUAGCUAAAGCAUUCUUCGGCAGUUACAUCGACAUUUCUGGAAAAGGAUUUGACAAGUCACUUUUCUCACAUUUGAGCUUUCUCUACCGCUUUGCAGGGAGAAAAGGGCCGAAGCAUUGCGGAUGUAUUUUUGGGGUCACUGCGAAGGUCAUGUUCAGUGUUGCGCUCGUGGAAGGGCUUGAAUAACGUGGCACAAUCAAGUAGUUUACUUUUUAGGGAGCGAGGGUCUCGAGUUAACCCUCAAGGACGAGAGCUGAGCACGCCUGAGCUAAACUCACAAGUGAUUUCGAAUGAGGGAAAUUUCUACUUUUGCUCCGGAAGCUGACAUUGACGGUUGCACUUUUAGACGGGGGUGAAUCUUUUUUCUAGGUGUUAUUUGUACUACUGUCUUGAUUGGUGUUUUAUAAAAAAAACAAUAAAACAUGC